AUAUGCAUUCCUAUUUCCUGUUUCCGGGACAAGGAUCGGACGGACUGAUUGAGCCGGCUACUGAGAUAUAAACUUAAAAUACAGACACUAUCCUAGAUCAGACCAGGCGACUUUUAUCUGUUGAAUAAGACCAAUCUUCUGUGGAGCAAUGGACACCGGCCUGAGUCAGGAGAAGAUUUCCUCCUUCGCAAAGCGUUUCCGGGAAGAGCCACGCUACCUGCUGGCCCAGAAUGUCUCCACCUGCAUUGACCCACUGGAGGUUUGCCUGCACAGGCAGACAGUACAAGACACAGUGCACAUCUUCCAGCACUCCAUCCCAACAGAGGGAAAGCCCGUCACCAACCAGAAGAACUCCGGAAGAUGUUGGAUCUUCUCUUGUCUCAAUGUGAUGCGUCUUCCCUUUAUGAAAAAGUUCAACAUUGAGGAGUUUGAGUUUAGCCAGUCUUACCUCUUCUUCUGGGACAAGGUGGAAAGGUGCUACUACUUCUUGCAGGCGUGUGUUGAGACAGCUCUGCGGAACGAGGCUGUGGACGGGCGGCUGGUCCAGUUCCUGCUGUCCAAUCCUACCAAUGACGGGGGCCAAUGGGACAUGCUGGUCAACCUCAUCGAAAAAUAUGGAGUCAUCCCAAAAAAGUGCUUCCCUGAGUCUCACAGUUCGGAAGCCUCUCGAAGAAUGAAUGACAUACUCAAUCACAAGCUGAGGGAAUACUGUGUCCGACUGAGGAAUAUGGUGGCCAGCGACUCCACGAAAGCAGAGCUGACCGAAGCCAUUGAUACCAUGAUCGAGGAGGUCUUUCGCGUGGCCAGUGUGUGCCUGGGCAGUCCCCCCGAGACCAUCUGCUGGGAGUACAGAGACAAGGACAAGAACUUCCACCGAAUGGGCCCCCUCACGCCCCUGGAGUUCUACAGGGAACAUGUGAAGCCCCUCUACAACAUCCAGGAAAAGGUCUGCCUGGUGAAUGACCCCAGGCUCCAGAACCCCUAUGGGAAGAUGUACACUGUGGAGUUCCUGGGGAACAUGGUGGGCGGCCGAAAAACGCUCUACAACAACCAGCCCAUACAGCUGCUGAAGCAGACCGCAGCCAACUCCAUCAAGGAGGGAGAGGCUGUGUGGUUCGGCUGUGACGUGGGGAAGCACUUUCACGGCAAACUGGGCAUCAAUGACAUGAACGUGUUUAACCACGAGCUGGUGUUUGGGGUCUCGGUGAAGAAUCUGUCCAAGGCAGAGAGGCUGAUAUAUGGGGAUUCUCUCAUGACCCACGCCAUGAUCCUCACUGCAGUUACAGACAAGGAUGGGAAAGAAGGGGAAUACGAGAAGUGGAGAGUGGAGAACUCCUGGGGAGACGACCGUGGGAACAAAGGUUAUCUGAUCAUGACUGAUGAUUGGUUCUCAGAAUAUGUAUACGAGGUUGUGGUGGACAAGAAGUUUGUCCCAGAGGAAGUCCUGGAAGUGAUGAAACAGGAGCCCGUUGUACUGCCUGCUUGGGACCCAAUGGGAGCCCUUGCGUAACCUCGGAAACAGAGGAUGCUGCCCUGCCGUGAUCUCAGCCCUGGUCUGUGUGACUCCGCCCCAUCUCUCUCUGGGUUUACCCUCAUGGACAAUGGACUGUUCUACACAAAGUAUUUUUUAAACUGGAAUUGGUCUCUACAACCCUCCUUUUGCAAUGUCAGUCUCUCCAUCUGUUGUUUCACGCAUUUCUUAAUUGCAGUUCUGUUACUCAUCCAACAAGACAUGUUUUUUAUUGUGUGCUGCUUGCCUGCCCCCCUGCCCACCCCCCACCCCCCCCCCCCAAAAAAAAGGAUGUGCGUCAGUGCGGUUGAUGUUCAGUCACAAGGUGGAUAUUUUCAUUACAACAGAACACACAAUCCUUUUUCCAUCCGCUACACUACACGUCUCCUUGCUUUGCUGGGAUCAACGAGAGACGGGCAGCACGUAGUGCCAAGUGUGGCGCGGGUGAUUUUGUCAUGCACAUAGGAUGAGAGUGACCAGACCGGGUCUCCCUGCUGUUAUUAUGCAGGCCAUUUAUUUGGCAGACCCACUUACCCAGAACGUCUCGCAAAUCCAUCAUGGUGAGACAUGUUGUACGCAGGAGCAGUCUCAAGCGAAAUAAUACAAGGUACAUCCUAGCCAGUGACCCCAGCUGAGUCUUAACUAAUAGCAAUGACGGGAUAUGGACCAUAUUAAUUCUCAAACAUACUUCUUAAUGAUGAAAACGCACAAGUGGCACGGAAAAACCUAGUCGCUGCCCUCCAGUGACGCCAGUUUCACGUACACUCGUACAUAAACCAAACCAAACUUUGUCCCAGUCUGUUAUUUCUAUAUGGUUUGCACAAAUGCUCCCUUUUCCCUCCUGGCACACCUCCCAGCUCUGUGAGCUGUCCUUCAUUGCCAUUCCUCUCAGUAAAGCCAAGUGGUCAAACUCGACAGUGGAGAGAGGUGUGUGCACGUGCACACAUAUGUAUGUGUCCUCAUGUUGAGUCAAGUCAGACAGCGGUAGGAGAUGCAGAAUGCAUAUUAAAGUGGCAUGUACAGACCUCUGCAACUAUUGUAUGUAGUUUUUGGAGAAAAAAAAAAAACGUAUAAAGCCCUUCAGUAAUUUC